AUGGCAGCAGCAGGUUGGGGGAGAGAGGAACCUCCUUCCCCUUUUGUGUUUGAGAUGCAGAAGCGGUUCGGUAGCUAUGGCAGGACGGAAGGGUACCGGGCACACACCGCCAAGGUAUUCUCGGUGGCCUGGAGCUGUGACGGGGCUCGCCUUGCUUCUGGCUCCCUUGAUAAGACGGCCAACGUCUUCCUGCUGGAAGAUAAUUGCCUGGUGCGGGAGCACAGCUACCAAGGCCACACGGACAGUGUUGACCAGCUGUGUUGGCACCCCAGCAACCCUGACCUGUUCGUCACGGCCUCGGGGGACAGAAGCAUUCGCAUCUGGGACGUGCGCAAUACCAAGUGUGUGAGCACCAUCAGAACCAAAGGUGAGAACCUGAACAUAUGCUGGAGCCCCGACGGCCGUACCAUUGCAGUGGGCAACAGAAAGGACGUAGUUACGUUCAUUGACGCCCGCACCCACCAGGCCAAGGCGGAGGAACGCUUUAAGCAUGAGGUCAAUGAGAUAUCCUGGAAUAAUGAAAAUACCUUGUUCUUCCUCACCAAUGGCAAUGGCUACAUCACUAUCCUGAGUUACCCGGACUUAAAGCCUGUGCAGUCACUCAAUGCCCAUACUUCCAACUGCAUCUGUAUCAAGUUUGAUCCAACCGGCAAGUAUUUCGCGACCGGAAGUGCUGAUUCCCUGGUGAGUCUUUGGGAUCUUAGCGAGUUGGUGUGUGUGAGGUGCCUCUCCCGGCUGGACUGGCCAAUAACAACCCUCAGUUUCAGCCAUGAUGGGAAAAUGCUCGCAUCGGCAUCUGAGGAUCAUCUCAUUGAUAUUGCUGAAGUGGAGACAGGAGACAAGAUUUGGGAGAUACAGUGUCAGUCUGGAACUUUAAGUGUGGCCUGGCACCCCAAAUUUCCACUGCUAGCUUUUGCCUGUGACGACAAAAAAGGUCAACCAGAAGCUUGCCGGGAAGCGGGAACUGUGAAACUGUUUGGCCUUCCAAAUGACUCAUAA